GUAUGCUGCGGGAAGUUCCUGCUUUUUAUGCAGCACCGCUGCACGUUGCAGAAGACAAGGGAAGCACAAAAAGCAGCAUCAUAGCAGUUUGCUCGCGGAGAGGUUCAUUAAAGUACUUGCCUGCUUAAUUGGCAUGUUUGGCGAGCCUGCAUGUAAUUUAUUGCGGAAAUUGUUGACAAUUUAAGCUCCUUCCUGACUCCAUAAUGGGGAGCGAAUUCUGAUAAGUUGCCGCGUUUGUUACGAUAAGAAACGAAAACUCAAAUUUGCUGCCACGGUGCCACCACACCCCGUCUUAUUUUGAAGUGUUCAGUAUGGAUGUGACUGUAAAAACUACCCUUGCAAUUUUAGUAGUGCUCAUCAUCACUACUGCUAUUCUUCUCGGAAACUUCAUUACAAUAGUUGCAUUUAUCAAAACACCACAUUUGAACACAGCGUCCAACUUUUUUAUUAUUGCACUCGCGAUAUCAGAUCUUGUGGUUGGUUUUUCUAUUCCGUAUGACAUGGUUGUCCAUUUAAUGCUCUCACAUGACAAAGUCAAAGAAGAUUACAGCCAGUUUGCAAUAAUCUGUCUUGGAUCUGUUGUGCCUAUUAUUGUGUCACUUAUUGCGUCCAGUAUAAAUAUUUUCUUGAUCGCCUUCGAUCGGUACACAUCAGUGGCAUAUCCGGUGUUUCAUCGCAAUUUUAUGACUAGGAGGCACGCAAAAAUUUUGAUUGCACUUGGUGUUCUGCUUGCGUUAUUAAUUGGUUCAGUUCCCUUAUAUUCAAACAACUGGCCAGGAAACAGAAAUGGAAAAACGUUUUGUACAACACUGGUGAUCUCGUUCAAUUAUUUCCUCGCUGGACCACUUGCUGUUGUUUUGUGCUGUGAUGGAUUGAUGAUUUUUAUGUACAUCAAAAUACAUAAAAUAGCAUCCUCACAUAUGCCGGAAAACAGCAAACCUUUAAAGCUUGUGGUGAUUGUUUUGACUUGCUGCCUUAUAUGCUGGGCUCCAUUUAUGACUUGUCUGUUUUUCGCAACAUAUGAAGCGCAACCCUCUGUUAAAGAGAAACUCGUUGGCAUCAGCCACGGAGUCUACAUUUUAUCGUUGGUUAUUUGCUUUUGCAAUUCCUUUAUGAACCCGAUUAUUUAUACAUGGAAAAUGCCUGAUUUCCGAGAGGCCGCCUUGAAGAUUUUGUGUUUGAAUACUCGAGAUGAUCAAAUAAGAACAACAACCGCAAAAGAACAUACUGAAUCAUCGUUAUGAUCAAUGUUAAAUAUUUCAAUUACAAAAUUAAAUUCAGUACUAUUGUCUUGGUUUUUAUUUAUUCAUAUAAUUGUAUAUAAUUGCCAUGCCAUCGCCAUGCCAUUAGUACAUGUAUAUAGCUAAUUUCCGGCGUUGUUAUUCUACUCAAAGUGUCUUUUUCUCUUUUUUGAUUAAUAUAUUGUUUUAAUUAGCAGUAUUACGUUUUAAUUAUAACAAAAAAUAUUAUAAUAUAAAAUAAUUUACUUUGUUCUUAUAGUAUAUAUUUUUAUUGCUUUGCAGCAAUGUUGGGUACGGACACGGUCAAGGGAG